UCUUGUGGCCGCCAACUGCGCUAGUAUCGGCUUGGGUUGUUGUUUCCUAUCCGCCAUUUUCCAGUCGCCAUUGAAAGGUGAAAACUUCACUAAAUGUCGGUGAUGAUUUUAAGAUUUUGAGUGGUUUCUUUAAGAUUGAAUCAGUUUUAAGUGUUGUGAAAUGAAAAUGAAGUGCCCCGGACUACCAUGACGCAUCAAAAUCACCAAACAAACGGUGCAAGUCUCGAGGAUUGCCACACAAACUUCUUCGCCUUGACGGAGCUGUAUGGCAUAAAAUGGCGUAAGCUAGUGUGGGGGGAGUGUCACGGCGGCGCGGGGCUGGAGGGCGAGGAGGGCGCGGCGCCGCUGGCGGACCCCGUGAUCGCCAGCUACGCGCGCUGCCUGGCCGGCGACAUCCUGUGCGUGUGGCGCCGCGUGCCCGCCCCGCAGCCGCUGGACCUCGACAUGGGCAUGGCGCCGCCGCCGCCGCUCUCCCUCCGCGCCUCCAAGGAGCUCUGGAUCUUCUGGUACGGCGAGGAGCCCGACCUCAACGGCCUUGUCGCGCCUGAACUCAUCAAGAGCCAAGGCGACCAAGGCUCAUGGGAGAGCGGGCUGUCGUACGAGUGCCGCUCGCUGCUGUUCAAGGCGCUGCACAACCUGAUCGAGAGAUGCCUGUUGUCGCGCGACUUCGUGAGGCUGGGCAAGUGGUUCGUGCAACCUUACGAUGGCGACGAAGAGGAGGUUGGCAAGAGCCCGUGGCACCUGUCGUUCUCGUUCGCGUUCUUCCUGCACGGCGAGAGCACGGUGUGCGCGUCGGUGGACGUGCGCCAGCACCCGCCCGUGCGCACGCUCACGCACAAGCGCCUCGCGCGCAUCAACGAGCCGCACGCCGAGCGCCAGGGGGACAACAAAGUGAUCCUGGCGCCGUUCGGGCUGGAGGGGCGUGCGACGGGCCGCGAGUGGAGCGACGGCGACGCGCCCACCGCGCGCCUGCUGGACGCGUGGCGGCAUCUGUACCCGCUGGAGCAGGGCUGCGGCGCCGUCGAGGUGGAGUGCGGCGGCGUGCGCAUGCGCUACCCGGUGCCGUACGUGCUGCUGACGGAGAUGGAGGCGCCGCGCGCCGCGCCCCCCGACGCCGCGCGCCUCGCCGCGCGCACGCUCUCUGCGCUCUGCACGCCGCAGCCGCACCAGCCAGCGGAGCUCUGUUACUCGGAGUCGUCGGGCGACGUCAACGACGACUUCGCCGACCCCACCAGGAAGACCCCCUGCACCUGCGCCAAGUGCCGCCGCCGCCGCACCGCGCGCCCCCCGCCCUUCCACCGGCGCGCGCGCCCGCCCGCCCGGCGCCGCGCCGCGCACGACCCGCUGCACAGACUGAGCGGCGGCUGCACGGGCGGCGGAGGCGGGGGGUGCUCCCCGGGCAGCUGCGGCGGCGCCUCGCCCGCCGGCGCGCCCUCGCCGCACCACUCGCAUGCUGCGCUCUCGGCGCUCACUGCGCACCAGGUGAGCGGCGUGCCGACGGCGCUGCACACUCCGGCGCCGACGCCCGACCCGCUGGCGCCGCCCACGCCCGCGCCGCCCUCGCAGCCGCCGCACAAGAACUACGCGCAGGGCGAGUCACCGGGAGGCGUCGGCGGCGCGACUAGCACGGGGUCUCCGAGCGGCGCGGGGUGCGGCGCGGGCGGUGCGCCGGGGGCGCCCGCUCCCAGCGCGGGGGCGCCGCUGCCCGAGCUGCUGCGGCGGCCCGCGCUGCCCGCGCCCGAGAAGCGACUCGACCCGCUCGAGGACGAGCACUCGCUGCACAUGCUGUACGACUACACGUCCGUGCACGCCUGGCUGGAGCACCCUGUGAAGCGGUUCAAGAGCGCGGAGGGCGCGUUCCGCGAGGAGCUGGCGCUGGGCGCGGGCGGCGGCGACCUGUACGCGGGCCACGACCACACGCGCCUGCCCGCCACGCCCGCGCCCACGCUCACCAUCAAGCAGGAGAAGCACGACCACGACGAUUCAAAAGAGUACAAGAACCUAUACACGUCGGACGGGCUGUGUCCGACGCUGAAGGACCUGGACCAGAUCUUCGACAACUCCGACGACGCGGCCAGCGGGGAUGAGACGGUAAGACUUCUGCAAGUGCAGACCCCGCCGGACUCGAACAAGUCGGUGGAGGAGACGCGGUGCGGCGCGGGCGGCGGGCGCUGCGUGCGCGCGGAGGAGCUCAGCAAGAUGUUCCCCACGCCGCCCAGCAUGGAGGCGCACGCGCAGCCCUCGCCGGGCUUCUCGCCGCCCGACGAGCACACGCACCUGCACCACGGCCACCACCACCGCGCGCACGGCUCGCCGCCGCCGGACCCCAUAGAGGACUGGUCAUACGUGUUCAAGCCGCCCACGGUGUACAAGUACGUGGGAUCGUCGAAGUACGAGCCGUUGUCGACGCUGCCGAGUCAGAUGCAGCCGGCCGUGGCGCUGCCGGCGCACGCGCAGUACCGGCCCAGCUGGCAACGCAAGCAGGAGCCGGCGACGCCGCAUCGGACCGCCACGCCCGCCAACGACGGCAACAGCAACACCACAACGAACAGCAGCACCAACACGAGCGGCGGCGUCAAGCGGUCGAUAUCGACGAGCAACGAGCGGGUGAACGCGUCGGGCGUCGCCAGUGUGGAGUCGCGGCCGUCGCCGCGGCGCGCGGGCGGCGGCUCCGUGGCGUCGCCCGCCUCGCCCCGCGUCGCCGCGCCCGCCUGCCCCGUGCUGCUCAACGUGCUGCUGGCGGACACCGUGCUCAACGUGUUCCGCGACCACAACUUCGACAGCUGCACGCUGUGUGUGUGCAACGACAGCGGGACCAGGGUAGUGGGCAACAUUCGCGGCGCGGACGCGGCCACGUACCUGCCCGGCGGCGACUGGGGCGGCAGCGUGGACGACGAGCCCUCGCGCUGCUCGUGCGGUUUCAGCGCCAUCGUCAACCGGCGGCUGGCGCAUCGGGCCGGGCUGUUUUAUGAGGACGAGCAAGAGAUCACCGGCAUAGCGGAGGAGCCGGGCGGGUGGGGCGCAGGCGCGGGCGGGCUGGCGGACGUGGCGGGGCUGGUGGUGGCGCAGUGCGCGGCGGUGGCGGGCGGCGCCGCGUCCGCCGUGGUGCGCGCCGCGCGCCGCGCCGCCGCGCUCGCCGGCGCGCCCGACCACCUGCGCCUCAACAAGCUAGAGUACUCGGACGGCGGCGCGGCGGCGGAGCGGGCGCUGCGCGCGGCGGCGGGCGGCGUGGGCUGCCUGGGGCCCGCGCCCGCCGGCGCCGUGCACCGCUGGCCCUUCAUAGGUGCGCGCGCGCCGCGCUCCUCCCGGGACGUCGUCAGAUUGAUGCGCCGCCUGCGACCCCUACUCCAAGACGCGAUACAGAAGCGAUGCUGCGGCGCGCGCAUGUGGGACGGCGUCACGGGCCCGCUGACCUGGCGGCAGUUCCACCGGCUGGCGGGCCGCGGUAACGAGGACCUCUGCGAGCCGCAGCCGGUGCCGCCCCUGCUGGUGGGCCACGACCGGGACUGGAUAUCGCUCUCGCCGUACGCUCUGAGGCAUUGGGAGCGACUGUCCCUCGAGCCGUACUCCUACGCGCGAGACGUCGCGUACGUCGUGCUCACGUCCGACGGCGACGCGCUGUCGGAGCCCGUGAAGACGUUCUUCCGGGAGCUGUCGACCUCGUACGAGGCGUGCCGGCUGGGGCGACACCAACCCAUCGCGAGGAUAGCGCGCGACGGCAUCGUGAGGACGGCGCCGAGUGAAAGUGAACGUGACACGAGUUCGGAGGAGUGGACGGGCGAGCUGCCGCCGGGCCGGCUGGGCGAGUACAUGCGCGCGUACGCCGACACGCUGCGCACCAGCCUCGUGCCGCAGCUCGCGGCGCUCAGCGUCGACCGCACGCUGUUCGAGAGCAAUACCGGGUCAAUGCGACCGCCUGCGGCGCCCGAGCGGCCGACCACGCCGGGUGGCGGCGCGAGCGCGGCGGGCGCGUCCCCCGCCGCCGGCGCCGCGCCCGGCGAGCACGAGGCGGACGCGGGCGGCGCGUGGGAGGAAGACGAGGCGGGCUCGCCGGCGCUCGUCAUCUACGUGGUGGAGCCGCCCGCCGCGCACGCGCACCGCCCGCGCGCGCUCGCCGCGCUGCUCAGGCUCGCCGCGCAGGCUCACACGCAUCUGCACCACCACAACCCGCUCAUCAAGAUAAUAUCCCUGGAAGGCGUAUGCGAGACGUGGAGCGCGCAGGGCGGCUGCGGCUCGGAGGUGCGCGCGCUGGCCUUCAGCGUGUUCACGGGCGCGCGCCGCCUGCUGGCGCACCCGCCCAACGGCAAGUCGCUCACCGGCUUCGGCACCGCGGCCAACGCCAACCUGUUCCUCAGCUCCAAAGACGAGAAAAACCGAGCGCCCUACAAGUUGUUUUCGCCCGCGUGGGUGCUGGCGCCGCCGCGCGCGCUGAAGGAGGUGGCCGAGACGUGGGGCUCCACGUGCGGCGACCAGAGCGCCGUGCUGUUCCUCGCCUACUGCCUGUCGCACGACCAGCGCUGGCUGCUGGCCGCCGCGACCGACGCGCGCGGCGAGCUGCUGGACACGGCCGCCAUCAACAUACACGUGCCCGCCAGGUCGCGGCGGAAGCGCUGCGGACCGGCGCGGCGGCUGGGGCUGACGAAGCUGAUGGACUUCGCGCUGGGCAUCAUGUCGCAGUCCGUGCAGCCGUGGCGGCUGGUCGUGGGCCGCGUGGGGCGGAUCGGCCACGGGGAACUCAAAGGGUGGAGUUGGCUCCUGUCGCGGCCGAACCUGAACCGCGCGUCGAAAAUGCUGCGCGAGAUGUGCGGCAGCUGCUCGCUGCUGUACCGCGGCGGCGCGCCCUGCAUCCUGUCGGCGUGCCUCGUGUCCACCGAGCCCGACUCGUGCCUGCGUCUCAUGGCCGACCGCUUCACGCCCGACGAGCGCUUCUCGCAGGCCUCCAUACAGUCGCACCUGCACACGCCGCGCGACGUCACCGCCACGCACAUCCUCGUCUUCCCCACCUCCGCCACCACGCAGUCCAAUCAAAUGCCAUUCGAGCCACCGAACGCGAACGGCGAGGAGAACGACAUCCUGAUGGGGCUGGAGAUGCCGGACGAGGAGAUGGGCGAGGAGAACAUGACGGACCUGCUGGAGGAGAUGUUCAUGUGGCCGGCGCGCAGCCCGCACGCGUCGCCGCGCCGCCACGACGACGACGCGAGCCGCGAGGGCAGCCCCGCGCGCCACUCGCACCUCGCCGGCGCCUACCCGCGCGACGACGACCACCAGCCGGAGAACGUGGGCACAGUGCUGCAGCAGCCGCUGGCGCUGGGCUACCUGGUGUCGACGGCGCCGCUGGGCAGCAUGCCGGGCUGGUGGUGGGCCAGCUGCCGGCACCUGCGCGACGCGUGCCCCGCCUUCCUCAAGAACGCGCUGCACCUGCAGUGCGCGGCGCAGGACGACUACACCACGUCGCUGUCGCAGCGGCGCGACCACAACGCGCACCCGCUCGACUCCACCACCACCACUGACGUGCUCAGAUACGUUUUGGAAGGGUACAACGCUCUGUCGUGGCUCGCGUUGGACGGCACGACGCACGACCGGCUGUCGUGUCUGCCGCUGCACGUCCAGGUCCUCAUGCAGCUGUACCACACCGCCGCCGCGCUCGGCUAGAGUGUAGCCCGGCUAGAGUAGCCCAACUAGUAUGUAGCUGGAGUAUAGCCGCGCGCCUUGCAACAUUGGGUGAAGAAAUAACAGAGAACUGACAAAGGCAAAGACAACCAGCUCUACUGACUAUGAGGAAGGGAAGAAAUUACAGUUAACAUGAUUAUUUGCUACAGAAAGAAGAAAACAAUUAAAUUAGUCCACAAUUGAGCGAAGUUUCACAGAGCACAUUUUGUUUAAGAGAAAAUAAAGAAACAGUUUCACAUAUUUUGUGGCAUCCAGAAGACAUAUUACAAGAAGCUUUUAACAAGAGAUUGAAAACAACAAUUUGUGGGAGAACAUUGGCUGAUAGUCUUGUUAUGUGACGCAUUAUUAUUGCGUUGAUACAUACAUAACAGUUGGUUUUGAGUAGUGUCGAUUUUGUCGGUUGUCUCUGUAGAACCUAAUGUUUCAAAGUGAAAGUGCACCAAGCCGCAAGAUAUAUUCAAACGAGUCCGUAAAUAAAAUACUUGCAUUUGUUAAAGUUUUUAUAUUGUGAGGUAUUCGAAUAGGCGCAGUGUAGUGGAAAAAUAGUGAUAAAUGGAUAUUGUGUGUAGCAAAUGAAGGGGCGUGAACACCAUCUGUGUUGGUUACCAUUAUUUUUUUAAUUUAAUUUAUUUAUUUUGGGAACUAUUUUAAACGAAGUCGCCGCAUGUCUGUAAUAGCGGUCAUAGCAAAAUUUAUUUAUCAUGAAUUUCUAUAGCUUAUAUAUGUUUUUUACACAACUUAUUUUGUAUUUAUUUACAAUAAUUUAUUUUAUUUCCUAUAAUAAUUUAUUUAUGAUUCCUUUUAAUUGAUCGAUGUUACAGACGUGCGUGAAUUGUUAAAAACAUAGCGAAAUUAGUUACAUAAAAAUAAUUACUCCAAUGUCUGUAACUUUUUAUGUUCAUGGUUACUUUAGUAACUGGCAGAUUUUUUGUAAUUUUCUGGACAUUUUGUGAACAUGAUUUUCUUUACUGGAAAGUUGUGUGUAGUGUAUUUUUGAUUUUAUUAAACACCAAGUCUUAUUUAUUUUCAAUUGUAAUAUAUGAUCAUACACUACACACAAACUUGUAUUACAAAAGUUUAGAAUUAGAUGGCAGUACUUAGGUAAAUUAAUUAAAUGGUAUGGCUUGUAUGAUGGCUUCAUUAGGAAAACAGUUAUUGUUGUGAUGAUGAGAUGUGGCGUUAGAUCCUUUCUAGGGUUGUUGAGGUGGUUAUUGAAUAGUUAUAGUCAAAUGGCGGAUAGUGCGUGGUGACUCCAUUGUUGGACCUCUUUGUUAUAAGUAUUCAGAAUUAUAAAAAUAAUGUUAUGUUCUUAUACAGAACAUGCUGUUUUGACGUAGGGCUACAAUUUUGUCGCACAAGCGACAGAUUUUCGCGUGACGUCGAACCAACGAUUUUAUUACAGUACUUUUAUCUAUUAGCUUUUAUAUAGUACACAGUAACUUGACAGCACCAACGUCUUUAUGUGUCGUCAAUACAGCAGAAACGCGUUGUAAAAUGUUAAGUGACCUAGGACAAUGAAUCUGUUUAUCACAAAACCACUCAGACAGAUGACAAUAAUAUUAUGUUGUUGACAUUUAAUAUGCUUUAAACACCAAAACACUAAACUCUACUGUAUACUGUAAGACUUCAUUAGAAGCUAUUAGCUCAAGUGCGAUAGUAGUGUCUCAAAUUUAUCUAAUAAUUAUGUUUUUGAUUGUCGUGUUAAGUUUAAUCUCUUAUGCGACGAAUUUGUGGCCUCUCAUUUUCUCUUCCAACAUCCUUCCUACCAAAUGUUAGUAAAUUUAGUUAAUAUUUUCUUUCCACUCAAAUACCUUAUAACAAACAGGCAAUUUUUUUGGAUUGAAAGUUACCACAAACUUGUGUGAAUAUCAAAAUGUUAUAUUAAAACAUAGAAAAUUUAUAAAAAAAAAGAUGUUAGAUAAGCCGGGGAGUUAUAUUAAUAUAUUAUAAUUAUUAAAUAAAUUAAUGAAAUCUUCAAAAAAGGUCCAAUUUGGAAUAAAAGACAGUUCGUAGCUGUCACUUACUAAGAUAUGUCUUGUUAAGGGCAAUUUCAUUUUCAUUUAAACUUUGAAGGAGAAAAAGAUUUCUUCCAUUGUGGGCUUUCAAUAAAAAUCAUUCUUCCGUGAUCUCACACUCCAUUAUAAACCUCAUUUUCUAUAGCAUAGCGUCCACUUUAGCGCAGCAUCGUAUUGUAUCGUUGUAUUAUGGUGACCUUUAGCAACUUUUACAAAAUCAAUUUCAUAAUAUUUAUUAUUUUGUAUUCCUUUUUAUAUGAUUUUAUUUUUCCUAUCUAAUAUGAAUUUAUAUAUUUAUUAAUAAUGGUGAACAGUUUUAUUGUGAUGAUACCAUUUGGUUAAGAAAAAAAUGUAUUUUUAAAUUGUGAUGACAUUUAAAAUAAAUUUAUUGGUUUCUCAAUUUUAAAACCUAGCAAGUGACCUUGUUGGGUAUUUUUUUUUAGAUUUCACCUGAUGUUGAGUGAUGAUGCUGUCUAUGAUGGCUCUUGAUGCAGUCUAUGAUGGCAUAUGUCCAUUUCAAUAGUAUUGUAUAUACUGUGGAGCAUGUAAAUUAUAUGAAGUUACUAAUUUUUACCAAACAAAUAUUUAUCACUUUUGUAAUCAUGGUUUGAAUUCGAUUUUUUAUAUUUUCACCUUUUUUUUUACAAAGAAACUGAUUUACUUGAUUAUAAAACAUGUAUAGUGGAUUUUUCUGUAUGAAAAACUUUUUGACAAUAUUACUUUUCUGACUUUGGUUGUAUUGAGUCUUUGGGAUAUUUUGUUAUUACCAUAAACUCAUUUAAGGUAAGCUUAUUUCUUGCUCCAAGUUUGGCAUAUUCUAUCCACGAAAACUAAAUGAGAAUUGAAUUUUUAUUUAAAUAAAAAUAUUUCAUGUAACAUUUCCUAUAUUUGUUUGUAAAUGUCACUAAAAAGCCAGUAUUUUGGAAUUGUUUUACGAAAUGACUCUAUAUUAGAAGGUAGUAGUUUUUUCUAGCUGUAUUAUAAUAUUUAUAAUCUUGUGAUGGAACUGUCAUCUCUUCAUCUGUUGUCUAUAGAUAAAUUAGUUCAAACAUGUAGAUUGUCACAAGUUACUUAUUGCAGUUAUGAUAAUAUUAUAAUGUUGUUGUGCUAUAAUGUAAUAUAUUAUUUUUAUUUUACCUUUCAAACCGGUAUGAAUUACCAAAGGUGUUAGCUAUUUACAUAGUGAUUUAGAUAUUUUUACUGCAACCAAUAUUUUCUUAAAAAUGUUUUUUUUUUUCGACAGGGUUUAAUUUUCAUCUCUGUUAUUUCUAAUGCAUGUCAUGUCAAAAUUUAUAUUUUUUACUUUGAACAUUAUUUUUGUAUAGUUUUUAAAUUGAAAUCAAAUCAAUUAAGAUCAUGUAGCCUUACAUUUUAGUGGCAAUCAUAUACACUAGAUCUACAAUUGACCAUUCACACGACACGAGUUUUUUUGGCCGUGUACAGUUUUAUAUUCAGGGAACAAAAAGCUCAAAAUUGGGUGACGUAAGUAGUACAUUCAAAUUAACCGAUAAAUAAAUAGUGCAAAAUUUUGCUAAUAUAAUAUUUUAGACUAAAAAUUAUCGUGAGUGGAUUUCAUACCAAUAGAUUGACUUGACGCGUGAGUAUUUUGUGUUGGUGUAUGUCUAAGUAUUGCAACCGUCGGACAGACACCGAGUGAAACUCAGUCGAGUAAAUGUCACUCCUAUGAGAAUUUGUAAUAUUAAUGUUUUAUAAGAAAACUGCCAAGAAUCCGCGUUAUCAGCGUGGGGGGUCGAUAAAAGGGGUGUACCAUUUUAAAAGCGAGUUACUAGUGAUGUCUUUUUCUUAUGAUAAAUAAUUAACCUUGUAACUGAGAAAAACAAUUAGUGACACCAAUAGUUUACGAUUAAAUUAAAUAGUUGUAAAUGAAAACAAAACAUGUUUGACGAUAGCAUUUUGUAUAUUUAGGGAUCAUUUUAUAAAAUUAAUAAAAACUAAAUGAAAUUGUAAUGAUAAAAAAAAUACAACAAAAACAGUGCUGAAUCUCUCACAGUUUGGUAGUUAUAUAAAAUUUUCUAUUUUAAUAUAAAGUAACGAUAAGUAAUAGAAGAGUCAUACGGUUUAAUAUAAUGUGUAUAUAACAGAGCGACGCGCAUUGUUACACUUCUCUUGUACUCACACUAGCAAUGGCAUUUUGUACAUUUUGGUUUUUGAACCUCAAAAACGUUGAUGGAUUUUUGUGUAUUGAACAUUGACCUCUUAUAAUAAAAGGACGCACAAUCAUGUUGAAAAUUUCACUUAAAAACUGGCCAAUUUUGCUUUGACUGUUAAAAAUUGUUGGUAAAGAAAAUUAUACCUGAUGGUCUUUAAAUAUAGUCCAAUAUUCAAUAAAAUCCCAAAUUCAGAGCCAAUUCAACCUUAAGGAUUGAGUUUAAGGUUGAAUUUGCAAAAGCAACUACUAGAAUCGAGUGCCAAGAAGUUGUGUUUGGCACUCAUUGAGUGGGUACAUUUUUUGGUCGCUGAUUGUGCAUCCACUUUUUAAUAGGAGAUUGAUGGUAUUGAACAAGAAAUUCUUAAUUUGAUUUAUGUUGCUUAUUACCUGAUUAAUUUUAAUUGCAACCUUUUAGUGUCAGUGACGAACUGACGUAGACAAAUUGUAAUGUACAGGCUCCGCGUGUCUGGGCAGCGUACCGGUACGUAUAUUAUUUAGUUGUAGCGAUGGCUCGCCCUCGGUUGAAUUAUGGCUAGUUGAAUAUAAAAUGUUUUAAAUGUGUUACAGCAUUUGAGAAUAUUUAAUGAUGUUGUAUAUAGUUUAUAUUUUGUUUUGUAAAACAUUUUGUAUAUAGGGGACGGAGUAGUCGAAGUACCGUUAAAUAAUCGCCCACGUUGCCGAUGUAUAAUGGAGCACGUUUUAAAGAAACCACUCGUAAUAUUUUGUACAGUUGUUAAGCGAGAUUCGUAGUUGAAUGAAUUAUUUUUAAGAUUUUUGUUUUUGACUCUUUCUUUUUUUUUGUUAUUGUGAAUUUGUCAAUUUUUUUAGGGAAUUGGGAUUGUACUGUAUAUAGACCUCACCAUUUUGUCAUAUAUUAGUGUGUAAAGAGGACAAAUCUAAUGAUUGACAUGGAAAUCAAAUUUUCUAAACGGAGCAAUCAUUGGAAAUUCGUAAACAAAAGUUAGUGUAAUACUUGAUAUUAAUAUAACUUUAUAAAUAACUGUGAAAAUAGGUAAUAAUAAUUAUAAAUAAAAUAUUACAUAUUUA